CUACAACAUGACAAGUGGUGUUCAUCUGGCAAGAGAAAAACGACAAGAAAGUCAGGUUGGAAAUUUCAUUGAGGGCGAAGAGCUUGACACUGAGGCAAGCCCUCGUUGCGGCAGUUGUUGUGGUAAAUGCCCUAUCCUUGGACAUACGUACUCGUUCAAAGAAGAGCAAGAACUUAAAAUUAUUCGUGAGAAUCUAGAGUAUGAUGAUUCCAACCAGUGUUGGAUAACCAGUUAUCCUUGGAUCGUGGAUCCACGUAACCUACCUGAUAACUAUAAUGUCGCCUUAGCAACCUUGGAGAAGACAGAGCGUACUCUUCAAAAGGAUAAACUUUGGGCAAAUACGUAUAAAGAGCAAAUGAAUGAUAUGGUUCAUCGCAAAGUGGCACGUCUUCUCACGUCCUUGGAAAUCCAACAGUGGAAAGGUCCUAUUUUCUACAUAUCUCACUUGGCUGUGCUCAACCCCAAGUCAAAUUCGACGCCUGUUCGCAUCGUGUUCAACUCCAGUCAAGUCUACAAAGGAGUGUCUCUAAAUUCAUGUCUAGCAAAAGGACCUGAUUGUUAUAUGAAUAACCUGAUCGGAAUCCUGUUGCGUUGGCGAGAAGAAGCUGUGGCUUUGGUAGGUGACAUUAGGAAGAUGUUCAAUUCAGUUUACCUGAAAGAAUUGGAGGAACAUUGUCAUCGAUUUCUCUGGAGAGGUCUUGAACUUGACCUCCCUCCCGAUGUAUACUUGAUGGAACGAGUCAAUAUGGGAGACACGCCUGCGCCAGCCAUAAGUACGGAAGCAAUCUACAAGACGGCUGACCGAUUCAAAGAGGACAGCUCUGAAGCAGCAGAGUUGUCAAAGAAAUCGAGCUAUGUGGACGAUCUGAUUGACUCGCAUCCGACCGUAGGUUGCGCCCUCAAAGUCGCAGAAGAAGCAGAGAAUAUGCUUGCGAAAGGCGGGUUCUCAGUGAAAUGCUGGCAGCUGACUGGAGAAGAAAGUCCUCGAAUGACGGCUCGUGGAGUCAAUACCGAGGAGUCUGGCAAACCCCUGAACAUGCUAAAAGGAACCGAGUCCAAUUUUCGAGUUCUUGGUCUUGGAUGGGACCCUCGAAGUGAUUCCAUAUUGUACGAAGUCGUGUUAAACUUCUGCAAAAAGAAGCAUGGAGUGCGCACUGGCCCAAAUCUGAAUGCAGACGACCUCCCAAAAGCGUUGCCCGAGAUCCUGACGAAGCGAAUUGUACUAGAGCAGGUGAUGAAGAUCUACGAUCCCCUAGGUCUUGUAUGUCCUUUCACAUUACGUGCGAAAGUAUACGUACGUGAGGUAUGGUCACGGAAGCUUGACUGGGAUACCCCGCUCCCAGCUGACAUCACAGCCAAAUGGAUUCGAUUCUUCACGAUGUUAUUCCAACUCGAACAGUCUCGUUAUUCACGUUGCUUACGACCCAAAGAUGCUGUCGGUCGCCCAUGGCUUAUCAUUCUUAGCGAUGGAAGUGAUCUGGCGUACGGGUAUGCUGCGUAUAUCAGAUGGUCCUUGCUGAACGGGGAAUAUUGGUGUCGAUUGAUCAUGGCGAAAUGCAGAAUUGCUCCACUCAAUAAACUGUCCACGCCGCAAAUGGAGUUGAAUGCUGCAGUGUUGUCGAAACGAGGGAGGAAAGUGAAUGAGUUGGAGAUGCGAUUUGAUUUCGAAAGGGUCUUGCAAUUGGUCGAUUGCGAAACAGUCCUGAGCAUGAUCAAUAAAAACCAGCACUCGCUUCAAGGUGUACGAAGGAGUUAG